UCCGGGUUAGGGGGAACAGGGCGGGAGAGAGUCGUCGUAUCAGCUAAGAGACCAGCUCAUGCUGUCACUGCUGCCAUCACCAGAAAUAGUCUGCUUCCCCACCAUCCACCAUCAUCCUGUCUACUGGUUUCCAGUCCAAGCAUGCUGUAGUCAUUGUUACCAUCUGCACCACUGAAGCUGCUUCCAUUGGGACCUGACUGAUCUAGGGACAGGCCUUCAGUACCUUGAAUCACCUAUACAUGGAGCACAAAGAUGAUGAUGAUGAUGAUGAUGAUGUGUCCUUUGCCAAAUGGAUGAGCAGCUUCUGGGGUCACAGCUGGAUAGAAGAGAAUGAGAGAGGACUCCGAGACCGUCAUGGAUCACAAGCUGCCAGUUACAGGAAAACCUCCCUGCCCUGCCCAUUUCCUGUGCUUCCCAGAAUCACAUCAUCUGAUAGCCAUCCCAGAAGGCAUUCUCAUGAGGACCAGGGAUUUCGAUGCCAUACCCACAUGCAGGAUUAUAGAAAAUGUUCAGCAGAUGAGUCAUUCAAGGAGCCACUGGAAUCAAAAGGAAGAUCCCAUUCCAAAAUUCAAGCAUUCUCAGAGUCCUUUGAACAACAACUGUGCUUUAGAACCAGACGCUGUGUCUCUUUGGGACCUGAGAGCAGAAAGGAGAGAAAUGAAAGAGAAUGUCUGAGAAUGGAGAUAAAAUCUCGAAAGAAAAUGGAGGAAAGAAGGAAAUCUAGGAAGGAAGAACACAGAGAAGAAUACACGCCCUCCUUGUUUGAAAAAGAGCCCAAAUAGUAUUUUGUCUCCACAUCAUGACUACAGAUGCCACUGUGUUUUUCGGGUCCCUGAAUGCCAGGCCAGGUGGAGGUAGCUGUAAGAGAGUGUCUGCGGGUGCUGAGUGACUGCAGCUGGCAGUGGGUGUGGCAGUCCCCCAAGGUGACUGGGCACCUGCUCCCGCUGCUUCUGGCCUCUGAGUUGAGAGUUGUUGUCCUUUUAUGGGCACAAGGAGAAUCAAAGGUAUCUUAAUAGAAUAAGUAAUUCUUAAAAAUGUAAAGAGAGAUAUUUAAAGAACCACCCACCCAUCUUCACAAACUCUUCUUCCACAUCAACCUUGCAAAUAAUUUCAAAUAAAAGACAUUGGUGUGA